AUGAGAACCACACGCAUCAUCUCGUUGACGAACAUGUGCGUCGCCACGUCGGCGCUGGCGUUCCAGGUCUUCGUCCUGUACCCAUGGCAUCACCAGCUGCAGCAUGACUUUGAGGACCUGAAGCGCGAACACAUGCGCGUCCUGAAGACCAUGGGCAGCACAGUGAUGAUCCGCAACCCCCAACAUCUGGUACUGCAACUCUCUGUUGCUCCCACCAGACGGUCCAUCUCGGCAGCAGCCUCGUCCUAUCACGGCUCCGAAAAGGCUCCUCCGGCAGCCGUGGCCACCGCGACAGCCACUGCGACAGCCACUGCGACGCCGACCAAAGCAGCGGUGCGCGCCGUCAGGAUGAGCGUCGAGCCGGCACCGUCGUCGCCCUCAUCGGCCAUGGCCCAGCCACGAUCGCGAUCGGAAGAACGCCCCCCGUCAUCGCCGUCGUCACAGGCCAAGGCCCAGGUUUCGACCGAAGGCUCGCGCCGUGUUCUGUCAUACUUUCCGCUGGGGUACAAGGAGGCGGCCCAGCAGUGGUGGACCAGCGUCUCAGCCUCGGCAGCAGAGCGAGGCGUGCUCUCGCAUGUGCGGCAUCUGUGCGAGGCCAAGACCGGCUCACAGCCAGAUCUUGCGCCGACUCCUACAAAGGACCCCUACGGACCCCGGCUUUGGCGGUCGCAGAUGGUGACCCUCUCGGGCAAGAACCGGGCGCUCAACGAAUACUCGAUCGAGCGGACGGGCGAGGAGGCGACCGACACGCUCGUCAUGCUGCAUGGCUACGGAGCCGGACUCGGCUUCUUCUACCGCAACUUUGAGCCACUCAGCCAGGCGCCCGGCUGGCGGCUGUUUGCUCUCGACAUGCUCGGUAUGGGCAACUCGUCGCGGCCGACGUUUCGCCUGCACGCCAAGGACAGCGACGCCAAGAUCACCGAGGCCGAAGCCUGGUUCGUCGACGCGCUCGAGGAGUGGCGCCAGGCCCGUCGCAUCGAGCGCUUCACCCUGCUGGGACACUCGCUGGGCGGCUAUCUCGCCGUCGCCUACGCCCUCAAAUAUCCCGGCCACCUCAACAAACUGAUCCUGGCCUCGCCCGUCGGCAUCCCCGAGGACCCCUACGCCGUCAGCCCGGACCUGCCCGAGCCCCAGGAGUCCACCCUGGUGGCCGAGUUCGCGCAGGAUCAGCAGCAGACCGUGGCCCCUCCGGGCGGCCAUGUUGUCAAGAUCUCGCCCAGCUCCUCAGCCACAACUUCCAGCCCAGCCACAACUCCCAGCCACAACUAUCGCUACAACCAUAACCACCUCAACAAGGCCGCUGCUGCCAGCAGCAAACGUCCUGUCCGUCGACCGCUGCCCAGUUGGCUCGUCUGGCUCUGGGAUGCCAACGUGUCGCCCUUUACGUUUGUGCGCGCUUCCGGGCCGCUGGGCCCCCGUCUCGUCUCCGGCUGGACAUCACGCCGCUUCAGCCACCUGCCUGCCGACGAAGCCGACGCCCUGCACACGUAUUCCUACAGCCUCUUCCGCCAGCGCGGCAGCGGUGAAUAUGCCCUGCCCUAUCUUCUGGCCCCCGGCGCCUAUGCCCGUCGCCCCGUCAUCAAGCACAUCCAGGACGUCGGUCGCCAGCUCAUCCCACCGUCCGUUGCUGCUGCUACCGGCACCAUGGCCACCCGCGAGACCGGCUACCCUAUCGUCAUGCUAUACGGUGAUCACGACUGGAUGGAUGUCGCUGGCGGCUUUGCGGCCGAGCACAAAAUCAAUUCCCGCAUCGCCCAAUCGCGUCUGGACGGCUCGCCCGACACCGGCAGCGCAAAGGUUAUCCUCGUUCGCAACGCCGGCCACCACCUCUAUCUGGACAACCCGGACGACUUCAACAAAUACAUCCGCACCGAGCUCGAUGACACCAAGCUGUCUGAAGAGCAGCGGAGAAAGCAGCAGCAGCAGAAGGAGCAAGCCUCCCUCACGUAA